AUGGCUUUGUACUACACUGCCAGGCACGGCAGCCAACGAUUGCUCAGAGGCAACAAACUGACUUUCGCGAUGGGUUCUUUCUGGAGGCCAUUUUCUUCCAACACUCGAUCGGGUCAACGUAUACGACAUCAGGACCCAUUCAAAGUGUUGGGACUUCAAAAAGGGGCCACCUACCAUAGUGUCAAGGAGGCAUUUUUGAAACUGGCUUUGGAGCAUCACCCAGAUCGACAGAAACAGCCUUCGGAUCCAACAGAUGACGACAAAUCACAAACCGCAAGCAGCGACAAUGCAGCUUCGUUUAUUAGAAUUCGACAAGCCUUUGAAGUGAUCCGAGAAGGAUCUGAUGGACAAGCCGAGGCGGCGGACGAGUCUCAAUGGAGCGAGGAGGAAUUACGAGACUUUAUGGAGGAGCAAACGAGUGAAUUCUUGACGUUCCGAAUGGAUCAUGACACUCGGAAAGAAGUCAUUGCCGCGUUGGAUUUGAGCGCGGGAGGAUUGGACCGGGGAGGAACAUGGAUGAUGGCUCGCAUGCUGGCAGAACGAGAGAAAAGUCAACAACAACAGCCCACAGGACCACCCACCAAGGAGCUUUCGGCAGUAGCCGACUCUCAACGCAUCAAACGAAGAAGGAGGAGGUAG